UUGAUCCAUUCCAAAUCUCAACUUCUGAACAAAAACUCAAAGCCAAAUGUACUGGGUGGGGGGAAAGGUAUACAUAUGUUAUUAUUUUUCUUUAUUUUACUUGUUAAGUUAACGUAUUGAAAGUAAAUUUGUUUUGUUUUGUUUUGUUUUGUUUUGAUCAUGGGAAACCCUUGGCUCCCCCACCCCACCCCUGGCAUGAAAACUCUGGGUUUGGAGUAACAUACCGAGUUCUAGUUUGGAGAAGAAAGCACCUUUUAGUUGUGUGACUCUGGGCAAAUCAUUUAAGUUCUUUGUGCCUCGGCUUCUGCAUCAGAAAAUAGGGCUAAUGACCGUAUCUUUCUCAUGGUUUUAGGAUAAUUAAAUGAGUUGAUAUAUAAAGCAUUUAAAAACAGUUACUGGUAAAUAGUAAACACCCUAUAAAUAUUCAUUAAGACAUAAAGAAACAUGUCAAAUUGGGAGGCCCAGUGAGCAAAGGAAUCAGGAAAUUCCAAGUUUGUUUGCAAAGCUCUUCACUCCCAGGGCUUUAAUCCAGAUGCCCUUGUUGACUCCUACCCUCCUGCCUUUCCCAGUGACACCGGGGAGUGAGACAUAAAGCUCUUAUCCCAUCUCUUGGGAUUUUCCCCUCCCCUGGAAGGCCCAUAAUCUCCUAGCUUGUCAUUCUCUUCUCAGAAGUGAUUAGGGGCCAGGCUCCAAGGAUUAAAGGAGCAGUCUGUGGAGUGUCUGAGUAGGGGUACUCCACUUUGAGUUCAACCACUCUGCCCUCUAAGAAUUAGAACCCAUGGCCCUUGUGCCAGGGAGCAGCGAGGAUGGGCCUUGGCCUAGAGAUAGCCCAGGCUCCUCCCAGCACCCAGAAAGUCCUAGGCUGACCAGCCCCCUGUGGAUGGACAGAGGAGAAAUUGGCAGGGUUGAAGGUCACCAGGAUGUUCAGGUGGUCUCUCAAAAGACUCGCCUGCCCUCCAUUGUGGUGGAAGCUUCUGAGGGGAGUGAAGAGAGCGGGGAGCUGGGUUGGCCACAAGAGGAGCUGCUGCUGCCCACUGAUGAGGAAGAGGAGGCCGAGGUCUUCUUUCAGGACCAAAGUGAAGAGGCAGGCUGGACUUGGAGCCCACUGGACCCCAGAUCUCCCUUAAGAACCUUUAACCCAGAACUCAGCUGGGGACAGGAACAGGUAGAACAAGAGGUCUCCUGGAUUCCUGAGGACACAGAGUAUCAGGAAGCCUCCAACCCCUGUCCUCUCUGGAACCCAGCAACAGGCUCCCAUGUGUGUAGAAGCUGCUUUGUGGAAUAUUCACACCUCUUGCCUCCCAGGAGCUUUGAGGGUAAGUAUCUGUUCUCUCUCCUUCAACAUUUCAGUGAAGUUUGUUAGGAGGCCCUUCUGGCUGUCCUAUCAAUCUUCCCCUUUUCACAGGUUGAGGACACUGAGGCUUGGAGGUUGGGCCACUGGCUCACAUCAGUCAGUCAGUGCUGGGAUUUGGAUUAAGAACUCCUCUCUUUAAACAAAAAACCCCCAGAAACUCUAUCUGUGCCCAUAGGUAUUCCAGUUAGUAGGGGUUAGAAGCCUUCUCUAGUUAGCACUCAUCUUGUGCCUGGCAUUGCUAAGUGCUAAAUGUUUCACCUGACAUUGUAUGUAAUCCCAACUCCACCUAUUAUUAUUCCUACCUUGCCGAGGUGUAAACUGGGGC